AAUCCCAUUCAUCUCACUAUCUCCUUUCUACUCUUUUCUUCUAUACUUCCACAAUGGCGACCAGAGUUGUACUGGCGAUUUUGUUGUGUCUUGUUGCUUGUGGGUCGAGCUCUCAGUUGCAUGAGCGGCACUCGUUCAGGGAAGAAGCUCAGCAAUGCCGACUCGACAGGAUUCGAUCAAUGCCUCCAUCGCGUCGUAUCGAGUCCGAGGGAGGCAUCACUGAGCUUUGGGAUGAAGCUGAGGAAGACUUUCAAUGUGCUGGAGUUGCUGCCGUUAGAAACAUCAUAAGGCCCAACUGUCUCUCUUUGCCUAAAUUCCACAGCUCCCCUAUGCUCAUUUACAUCGAGCAAGGUGAAGGGUUUUUGGGGCUGAACUACCCGGGGUGCGCGGAGACAUACGAGGCACAGUCGGCACAAUCGUCAAGAAGGUCUUCAAGGCGCAUGGGACGUCGAAUUGGCGCCGGGAAAGAGGAUGACCAACACCAAAAGGUGCGGAGAGUUCGCCGUGGUGACAUGAUCGUUGUGCCUGCUGGGACUGUCCAAUGGUGCCACAACGACGGCGGGCAAGACCUCAUCGCCAUUGCCUUCUUGGAUCUCAACAACGAAGACAACCAACUCGACCUCCGCAUCAGGGGAUCUUUCUUGGCGGGUGGAAUUCCAAGGGAAGAAAGGAGGGAACUUAGAGGAUCAAAAAAUAAUGAUCUUGUGAACAUCUUUAGUGGGUUCGAUCAGGAAUUUCUUGCACAGGCUUACAACGUUCCAACAGAUUUGGUGAGGAAAAUGCAAGAAGAAAGGAGCAGUGGACUGAUCGUGAAGUGUGAUGAACAAAUGUCGUUUUUGACACCGGAGGAGGAGGAAGAAGAAUUGAGUGAAUCGCCUUCAAGAAGGGAAGAGAUAUCAAAUGGAUUGGAAGAAACCAUAUGCACUGCUAGAGUUCAGCACAACAUGAACACCCAAAGAGAAGCUGAUGUAUACUCCAGGGAGGCUGGUAGGGUUAACAUUUUGAACCAACUCAAGCUCCCUAUUCUCAGAUUCAUGGGCAUGAGUGCAGAGAAAGGCCAUCUCUUCUCGAACGCACAAUACAACCUCCACUGGUCAAUGACAGACCACAGACUAGUAUACGUAGUAGACGGAGAAGCAAACUUCCAAAUAUCCGAUGACUACGGCAACCAAGUGUUCAACGAGCGAGUAUCAAGAGGAAACAUGUUCGUGAUACCCCAAUUCUACCCCGCAUUGGUUCAAGCCGGCCAAGAAGGGUUCGAAUGGAUCACUUUCAAGACCUCAAACCAGCCAAUGAAGAGCCCAAUCGCAGGCUACACAUCCUUCUUCCGAGCCCUUCCACUCCAACUCCUCGAACAAUCAUUCCAAAUCACAACCGCCGAGGCUCAGCAGCUGAAGCAAACAAGAAGGCAACACACUUUCCUCUUCCCACCUAGCAGCGGCAGCAGCAGCCGCCGCCACAGGUCUUAAGAGGUCCCUUUUGCCACUCGUAGAGAUAUGAAUAAUAAUAAUAAUAAUAAUAAGGCCACAGGUGUUGUUGGAUGGCGCUGUCUUUGUUAUCUUUGUUUAGGGUUGUUGUUCUUUAAGUUCUUCUUCUUGUAGAAUAGAGAAGAAGGGUGUUUCUAAUGAAGAUGAAGGAGUUUUAAAAUUAUCCAAAGUGUAAUACUAUAUGCAAUAACUUAUGAAUAAUGUAAUAAAAUAUGUGGCCUGUCUUACUUCUUUCCUCA